ACUUAUUGUACUGCUAUAAAUUAUCUGAACAAAUAUGUAAUUUACCGCAAUCUAUUAUUAUACGAGCUGUGCAAGCGUGAUAUAUAAACAGUUGCCGCGUCUUAUGAUGCAGUCUAUCUGUCUUUGCCCAGCUAAGCAGACCUGUUAUCGAAUUUUUAAUAAUUUACUUUUUGAUAUUUUAUUGAAAGUAAUUUAAGGAUAAUUUAGCUGUUAUAAUGAGUUCUGUUUGCUUACCUGCUGGGGACAUUUUUGUGCCUGUGCAAAUUGAGGAAAAUGAUAUAUAUACUGGAAUAUUUAAGCUUCUUGAAGGUAUACGGCCCGAAUGGUCUAAGGAACAUAUAAAGUUUAAGUUGUACACUGAUGGUAUUACAAAUAAACUUGUUGCAUGCCAAUACCAAUCCCAGGAUCAGUUUAAUGAUAAUAUUAGCAAUGGAGAUAAUAUUGUUCUCGUUCGUAUAUAUGGAAAUAAAACAGAUCUGAUUAUUGACAGAACUGCUGAAUUGAGGAACAUAAAGAAACUCAAUGUUCUUGGCUUGGCACCAAAAAUAUAUGGAAUAUUUGAAAAUGGAUUAGCUUACCAAUACUAUCCAGGAGUAACUCUUAAUGUGGACACUGUUUUAGAUUCAAAAGUUUGGCCACUAGUGGCAAAGCAAAUGGCGAAAAUGCAUAAAGUUCAAUUGGGACCUGAGGUGACAAAAAAUCCUAUGGUAUGGGAUAAGAUUGAACAAUUUUUAAAUUUAUUACCAGAACCAUUUUCAAACGAAACUAAACAAAAGAGAUUUGUCGAUAACUUUGGCUCACUAACCAGACUAAGGAUAGAAUCCGAGCGAUUUAAGUCAUAUGUAACAAAAACCGAGAGCCCGAUCGUGUUUGCUCACAAUGAUUUACUUCUAGGAAACGUUAUCCACAACCAAGAUGAAGGAACCAUAUCUUUUAUAGAUUAUGAAUACGCUGCGUAUAAUUACCAAGCUUUUGAUAUAGCAAACCAUUUCAAUGAAUUUGUUGGGCUAUCGAUAGAUGAUAUCGAUUACAGCAAAUAUCCCAGCAAGGAAUUCCAGAUGUCUUGGAUAGCUGCGUACUUGGCGGAGUUUUUGGAUGUGGAUACAGCAGACCAAAGGGCAGUGGAGAAAGUCUAUGACGAAGUCCAACAACUGGCCUUGGCCUCCCAUUUUAUGUGGGGAGUGUGGUCAUUGGUGCAAUUCGAACUUUCUGAUAUCGAUUUUGAUUUUGGAAGGUACGCCAAGAUACGGUUGGACCGGUAUUUCGAACUGAAAGAUAGCAUAUUCAAGCAACUGAGUUGAUCUCUCGUCGAAUGUGCCAAUAUUAAUUAUGAUCAGGACCUCCAUGAUGCGACAGACAGGGCGAUAAAUCAGAUAAAUGUGGCUACCUGCUGGGCCCGCACGGUAGAACACCAUUGACACGAGAAGAAGAAUUAUCAUCAGUAACCUAAUAGUCAUACUAGUUAUGAAAAAAAAGCUGCACUUUUAGAUGGAAGCAAGCCGCUUUGCAUGGCUAGUUAUGUACUGUCACUAUGUAUUUUUCUGUGUAAGAAAAAUAUAUUAUUUCUGAC